GCCAGUAUAGUCACAAGUGGGGAGGUUGGCUGAUAGGAACUUAGCCACUAAAAGUGGGGGAAUAUGGCUGAACAACUGACUGAAGAGCAGAUUACAGAAUACAAAGAAGCCUUUGCUCUAUUUGACAAGGAUGACGAUGGUAGUAUAAAAACCAAGGAAUUGGGAACUAUAAUGAGGUCGCUUGGGCAGAACCCCACAGAAGCUGACUUAAAGGAUAUGAUUAACGAAGUUGAUCCUGAUGGUAAUGGGACAAUUGACUUUUCGGGGUUUCUGAUUGUGAUGGCAACAAAAAUGAAAAGCACAGACAGUGAUGAAGAAAUUCGAGAUGCAUUCCGCGUGUUUGACAAGGCGGGUGACGGCUUUAUUAGUACAGCAAAACUUCGCCAUGUGAUGACAAGCCUUGGAGAGAAGUUAACAGAUGAAGAGGUUGACCAAAUGAUCAGGGAAGCCGAUAUGAAUGGUGAUGGCCAAGUAAACUACGAAGCAUUUGCUCAAAUGCUGACAGCAAACAUAGAGGGUGACUGGAUUCUCAAAGAUUAUGCCAAGGGAGCAUCCUGCCAGCUGGAUGUCAUCUGGAGAUGGAGGCUGAUUGAUGGCAACCUGGCUUCUAAGAAUAUGGCUGAACAACUGACUGAAGAGCAGAUUGCAGAAUUCAAAGAAGCCUUUGCUCUAUUUGACAAGGACGGAGAUGGUAGUAUAACAACAAAGGAAUUGGGAACUAUAAUGAGGUCGCUUGGGCAGAACCCCACAGAAGCUGAAUUACAGGAUAUGAUUAAUGAAGUAGAUGCUGAUGGUAAUGGUACAAUUGACUUUUCAGAGUUUCUGACUAUGAUGGCAAGGAAAAUGAAAGACACAGACAGUGAUGAAGAAAUCCGAGAGGCAUUCCGUGUGUUUGACAAGGAUGGUGACGGCUUUAUUAGCGCAGCAGAACUUCGCCACGUGAUGACAAAUCUUGGAGAGAAGUUAACAGAUGAAGAGGUUGACGAAAUGAUCAGGGAAGCCGAUAUGGAUGGCGAUGGCCAAGUAAACUAUGAAGAAUUUGUGCAAAUGAUGACAGCAAAGUGAAGACAUUGCAUCAAAUACCUUGUGCAAUUAUUUGUCUUUUCUUUGUAACUUCUCUGUAAGACGUUUCCCCACCCCUAUUCCACUGCAUGUGUAGGAAUUAGAAUUCUCAUUCCUCCA